GGCGGACGUCUACUCCUCGUAGCAUAUGGAUAAGAUCGCGACCGGGAAAAUAUCGAACUUUGACUUGAACUAUUAAUUAAAUUAACCCGACAAUUUUUAAAUAAAACAGCAAGUCUAAAGCUAAAGUAAAUUAAAAAACGGGUGAACGCAGUGUGCUGAAUAUAUUAACCUAAAUACAACAAUGUGAAGUUGUUUUACGCUAAUAUUUAUAUUGGCUAUUGUCGUGUUAUCAGCUACUGUCGGCGUAAACCACAGGAGUAAUUUUUUUUAUCAGUCCAUGGUAGUUCAAUGGUGUUCAUUGCCGCACGUGGUGUUUCCCGCCGCAGCUCACACCGCAGUGUGAUGCAAUGUUUGUAUGACGGUGCUUCAGAAUUUCGGCUGUGCUACAUCUUGCUGUUGACAAUGUGUAAAAGUGUUUAAUUUUACAAGUGAUACGCUCAAAGUCGUCUACUUCUACAAAUAAUUUGUUAUUUAUAAACGUUGAUCAUGGCAAAAGUGAGUGAUAUUGAUGCCCCGCCGCCGAAACCGAUGGAAAUGGGCCCAGAAACGAAUGACACCGGUGAUGGAGAAUCCGAUGAAGGGGUUCAUUUGAAGAAGGAAUUAGGGCUGAUGAACGGUGUGGCUAUUAUAGUCGGUGUGAUAGUUGGAUCAGGAAUAUUCGUGUCUCCUAGUCUAGCCCUCAAACAUGCUGGCUCUAAGGGCAUGGCGCUGAUCGUGUGGGUACUCUCCGGGUUCCUCUCGAUGAUCGGAGCUCUCUGCUAUGCAGAGUUAGGUACAAUGAUUCCAAAGUCAGGAGGUGACUACGCUUACAUUGGAGAAGCGUUCGGAUCUCUCCCUUCAUUCCUGUACUUGUGGGUGGCGCUGUUCAUCCUGGUACCAACUGGGAACGCCAUUACGGCGCUGACCUUUGCACAGAACAUCCUUAAACCAUUGUGGCCAGCCUGCACGCCUCCAGAUGCAGCUGUCAGUCUCAUAGCAGCUUCGGUAACAUGUUUCCUGACAGUUAUAAACUGCUAUAACGUUAAGUGGGUGACGCGAGUGCAAGAUUCGUUCACGGCGGCGAAGAUUCUUGCGUUGCUUGUCACAUUUUUUGCUAGUUUAUGGCACAUGUACUCCGAUACGACGGAGAACUUGGAGAAUAUGAUGGAGGGCACGAUCACAGCGCCCGGAGAACUGGCCAUAGCGUUCUACACAGGACUGUUCUCUUACUCCGGAUGGAACUACUUAAACUUUGUGACGGAAGAAUUGAAAGAACCCUACAAAAACUUGCCUCGGGCUAUCUGCAUCUCCAUGCCGGUGGUGACCUUGGUCUACGCGUUGACAAAUGUGGCAUACUUCGCAGUUCUCACCAACGAUGAGAUCCAUUCGUCUCAAGCAGUCGCUGUGACCUUCAGCGUGAAGAUCCUUGGCAUGAUGUCCUGGAUAAUGCCUUUGUUCGUUGCUCUCUGCACCUUUGGGUCCCUAAAUGGAGCCAUCUACGCCUCAUCCAGGCUGUUCUUCGUCGGAGCCAGAAAUGGACACUUACCACUUGCCAUAUCUCUGAUUGACGUUAGGAGGCUAACUCCUGUACCUUCGUUAAUAUUCCUUUGUAUAGCGACGUUGGUCCUGCUGCUUUCAAACAACGUGGAAUCGCUGAUAGUGUACGUGACGGCAGUGGAGUCUCUGUUUACGCUGGCAUCGGUGGCUGGCUUGCUGUACAUGCGGUAUACGCGACCGAACCUCAUGCGACCCAUCCGAGUCAACAUCAUUCUCCCUAUCUCUUUCCUCAUCAUCUGCACGUUCGUCGUGAUCUGCUCGUGUUUCACGACACCCGUGGAAGUUGGCAUAGGUGUUGUCUUCAUCGCCAUCGGUGUUCCAGUAUACUACAUCUUCAUCGUCUGGAAGAAUAAACCCCAAUGGUUGAUCUCAGCGUGCAAUUCCUUCAACCUCGCCUGCUCCAAAAUAUUCCUCUGCCUCCCCGAAAGUUCCAAGGAUUUAUGAUCUUUAUGUUACAUAUCUUAUGUAUGUAUUUA